CGAAUCAUAUGAUAUAAACUUCGAGACUUGUCAUCAUAUGAUCUAACCUUCCAGAAGGAAGAAGUUCAUUCAACGUAAACUAUGCUCAAGUUAGCGAUUGUGUUUUGCCUAUUUUUGGUAGUUAUCCAGGUGUCUUGCAAGCAUGUAACAAAAGAUGAUUCUACACAUUGGAAGAAAUGGCAUUCAAAAACAGAAGAGUCUUCAACAGUUAGUACAAGAUCAUUCAAAACUGAAUAUUCUAGUACAAAAUCACAUGGAAAAAUGCCUAAAUCUACAAGUUAUCCUACAUUGUCUACAACAAAAUAUCAAUGGAAAAAAAAGUAUUCCCGAAAGCACACACCUACAAGCUAUCCUAGUUUGACUACGACAGAACAUCAGUGGAAAAAAAAAUAUUCUCAAAAGCGCACAUCUACAAAUUAUCCUGCUUCAUUUAUAACAGAACAUGAGUGGAAAAAAAAGUAUUCUCGGAAGCAGAGUUUUAGCAAUUACAAACCAGGAUUUGAUUGGAAAAAAUGGUUAUCAAACAGUUAUCAGUCAUCAUAUGACUUCAAAGAUGCUUUCAGCUUUGGAAGUACUUUUGACUGGAAAAAAUGGCUGUCAAACAAAUAUAUACCUUCUAAUAAUAAUACUAAAUUUGAUUGGAAAGAUAAGCUGUUGAAAACUCACAGAAUACCUCCAGAAGAUUCCUCCAGUUCUGGAAAUCAUGUUGAUCCAGAGAAUGGGCUGUUGAAGACCCACAGACUGCCCAUAAUAAAUUCUACUUCUGAUGAAAGUGACUGGAGAAAUAGAUUACUUGAUAAAUUGUCUCCAAUUGAUUCCAGUACUACUGAAGAAAAAUUUAAGCUGCUAAAAACGCAUAGGUUACCUUCAACCAAUAAUGCUGAAAAUUAUAACUGGAAAGCAUGGUUAUUAAAAAGCCAUAAGUGGGCUUCAACAGAUUCUACCAGUUUUAUAACUAAAGUUGAGAAGAAAAAGAAACACAAAUCAAAGCACUUUACUACUACUAGCAAUUUUACUCCCACUGAAAGUACAAAGGACAAAGAAACAAAGUCAACUAGAAGCGUUUACGAUACUGAAGACACAGAAAGAAACUUGCAAGAAAUGCUAGCAGAUUAUGAAGAAAUAUUACCUAGAUAUCAGAAGUAUUAUUUCAAUGAUGAAAACAGACAGCCAUUUCUUGUUGGUAUGCCCUAUCAUGAAAAAAAUCGUUGGUUCCCAAAGUUCAAUCCUCAAGACAGCUAUAAUUGGAUGGAUAGUAGAAAACAGUGGAAUUAUGAAGCAAAUCAACCAGUUAAUACUCAUUUUAACAUGCAAAAUUGGUUUCCAGACACUGAUGAGAAAGAUCAUUCCAGAAUUUCCAAAAAUGGGAAAAAAUUCCCUGCCAGACACAUAUCAAAUAGUGCCACAAAAUUUGACUCAAAGCCAGACUACAUGAAAAGAAACAAGGAAAAAUAUUUUGACUGGAAAAAACUGCUUUCAUCUUAUAUUCCAAAAGAUACUAAAUACAAAGAUUGGCAAAAUGCACUGCCACAUAUACACUUACACAAAAAUUUAGAUGAUGCCUGUUAAAUUACUUGCAAUGGCAGUUACUUUACUUUUAAGUAUAGUCAUACAUAAAAUUCUUAAAAUGUUUCCUUUGCUUCAUGCAUACUAGUUUUAGCAUUUCUUCAAAUAUAAAAAAUAUGUUUAUUGUAUGAACUAGAAGCAUGUAGGAAUUCUUAUGGUUACUUUUACAGAGUCGUACAUUCUUGAAAACAUACAGCAACUGUAAUUAACAUGAGAUUAUUUACAUUUGGAAAAUUAAAUAAAAAAUAAUUCUAAUGUCUACAACUAUGCAAAACACAUCAGAAAUUCUAAAUCAUAAUGUAUGCCAAUCUAAUACAGUUUAAAAACCUGCUCAAUUUGUAAUGCAAUGUUGAUACAUAAUCAAUAUUGUUUCAAUACAAUAAAUACAGUACCAAUUCAUAUGCCCGUGUGUGUAUAUAUAUAUAUAUUGAAUGACCUAAAAUUCACUUAGUUUGAAAACAAGUUUUUUCUAAUACUUGUGCAAUAGCUGCAAAGUAAGAUAAUAAUAAUUUAUAUACUACCAUAAUUCAUGCAUGUGAGAAUAAUCAUCUAUACAUUAAUUUUUUUAAUUUGUUCAUUUACAAACAGCAUGGUUGUUUUGUAUGUAAAUAAAUAAAAAGGUGAAA